AUGCCUUUGCCUAGUUGGAUCAUCAGAUGCCUCCCCGGCCUUUCAAUUAUCAGUCUUCUGAUACUGGCUGAAUUCGCUUUGGGAAUUAUCCAAACUCUAUGGUUUGGGACCUCCCCCACAAAGUUUAUCGCUGGCCAGUACCUCGUCGUUGCACAAGUAAUCUUCGUCAGUUGGGGCCUCUUCCUCCACCUGCUCGCAACAUUCUUCCCACUUCGUCUAUCAUGGCGUGUAUGGAAAGCCUCCGGGGAGAUUCUCCGUGCCAAUACUACCCAUCGGCCUACCAAGACCGUCUUCCAGAAAGAAGAAGACGACGAGGAUUCCACCGAGCAAAAUGGGUUUAUGAAGUAUCACCAACUCAGGGCCCGUGCACCCUUGGAACCCGACGUCGUACAUAGUAUCAUCAUUCCUAGCUACAAGGAGGAUAUCCAGGUGCUAGAGGAUACUCUCAAGGUCCUCGCAAGCCAUCAGUCGGCCCGGAGCCACUAUGAUGUUUGCCUUGCUAUGGAAGAAAGAGACCCGAAUGCUAAGACCGUCGCGACGAAAUUGAUUGCCAUGUUUGGCGAACGCUUCCUCGACAUGCAGUUCACCCUUCACCCCGCAUCAAUUGACGGCGAGGCUCCCGGAAAAAGCAGCAACGUUGGUUGGGCAGCUCAAAGGUUCUUGGAAAAGUACACGGACAGACCAAACUGGGAACAUAUUCUGUUGACAGUUAUGGACAGUGACACACAUCUGCUCAGCACUUACUUCGAUAUAAUCACCCGCCGCCACAUUGAGAACGCUCUGGAGGACGACUCUCUCGACAUGACCCUAUACAUGCCCCCAAUCAUCUUUGAUCGCAAUGCCCACCAAGUUCCCCGUUUCGUUCGCGUCGCAGACCUCAUGUGGUGUGGUGCUGGCCUGUCCUGCUUCCAAAUCACCCCUAGGAUCGAUACCAUUGCCAUCCCAACUUCUGUAUACACUCUCACUCUCCCUGUUGUCGAUCUUGUCAAGGGAUGGGACACCGGUCCGGAAGCCAUUGGUGAAGAUAUGCAUAUGAUGCUCAAGUCGUAUUUCCUCAUGAAUGGAAAGCUCAAUAUUGAAUGCGUUGCCAGUCCAGCAAGCCACUGCAAUGUUGCUAGCGGAAUGAAGGGCGUCUGGGGCUGGUUCGACGGCAUUCGAGCUCGAUACCAGCAGGCCCUCCGCCAUAUGUGGGGCUGCCUCGAUACCGGAUUUGCAAUUCAGCAAUGGUCCCAGCUCGGGACAAGCGAGCGUGUCAAUAACCUUUGCUACGACAGCCACGCCAACAUUUCACUAGGAGCCAAGUUCUCCUUCUUCAGAGUUCAAAUCGAAGAAGGAAACAAGCUGACACUCCGUAACAUUGACCUGUUAACCCGCAUUUUCGAAGCUCACUUUCUCCCAGCCCACCUCUUUAUGAUCUUGAUCACUUCGUCGGUUUAUCUCGCCAUCAACCCGUCGACAGCUGUCAGUCGGUGGGUGCAGCUAUCCAUGGAUGUCAUGGCAUAUCUGAGAACCUUCGGUUUCCUCACCAUGCUCUUCUACUUCUUCUUCUGCUAUGAACGUUACCACAAAGUUUGUGUUGACAUAAGAACAGCAGCACUGAAGAAGUCUGGCUUGUACCGGGACAUCGAAGACCAGAUCAGUCGGAGAGAUCCGUGGUCCCCUCUUACUUGGUUGGACUAUGUGAUUUUUCCGGUCGCGGGUCUUAUUUUUGGUGGUCUCCCAUUGUUGCAUGCCGCCUUCUCGCAUUUUUGGUCUGUUGAUCUGAACUACAAAGUCAGUGCGAAGCCGAAACGAAUAAUUGUCGAACAAGUCGUCCGAAUGGAAGAGGGGCGUCUUUAA